AUGCGAGUCAACAACCCCCAAUCCCGUAGCUGGCUAAAUGGCCUCGCCAUUGCUGCUGCCUUCUCUCCUUUUGGCGUCUCGGCCGGAGCAGCUCCAAAUACUUUCGAGGUUGUUGGAACCACCGGAGUAUCUGCUCAACAGUUUUUCGUCGGUGGAAUUAACAAGGUCUACAUAUUAGAUAAAGCUGAAAACAAUCCUCUGAGGCUGCCUGGCACUAACAAACCAGCAUGGGCUACGGAAUACGAUCUCAGAACCAACACCUUUCGAACUAUGGAAGUAGCAACCAACACCUUUUGUGCCGAGGGUGCGGCUCUCAGUAACGGCACAAGGAUUUCCGUCGGUGGUAACAAAGCCGUCACCUUUGGCGGACUGGACGGCGUCAAUCUCGCCGGCACCCUAGUACAACGACGAUGGUGCCAAUGGAGUGUAAACCCGGGAGGUGCUCUUUUGCAAGCAAAGCGAUGGUACCCGACUGUUGAGACACUUGAAGAUGGCAGUGUUAUCAUCAUUGGUGGGUGUACGGAUGGAGGUUACGUGAACGAUGCCAACCAAAACAUUCCAACCGUAGAAUACUUCCCCUCCAAAGGGCAGCCGAACAAACUGAACUUUUUGCUCACAACAUUGCCGGCCAACUUGUACACACUCACCUGGCUACUUCCUUCAGGCAAUUUAUUCCUCCAAUCCAACUUGGGUACCGAGAUUUAUGACUACAAAAACAACGUCGAGUACCCCUUGCCCAACAUGCCACACGCUGUUCGUACUUAUCCCGCAUCUGGGGCCACAGCAAUGCUUCCGCUGACUCCCAAAAAUAACUAUACCGCGACCAUCCUGUUUUGUGGUGGGACCAAUCUUCAACCUGAUCAAUGGGUUCUCAGUUUCAACAUCGCGGCGUACCCUGCCGAUAACUCUUGUGUAAAAAUGACCCCUGAUGUAUCGACAGAGUGGGAAGAAGAGGAUUAUUUGUUCGAAGGAAGAAGUAUGGGCCAGUUUGUCAUGAUGCCCGACGGUAGAUUAUGGAUGGGAAAUGGUAUUGCCAAAGGUACCGCCGGAUACGGCAAUACCAGUUGGGCUAUUGGGCAAUCUUUCGGCUCCAGUCCACUACAUGCUCCAGCUUACUACAACCCAAAUGCACCGAAAGGAUCCCGAUGGUCUCGCCCGAUGGGCAACGCCACUGUCUCCCGGUUAUAUCAUUCGGUUGCCUCGCUAUUGGCUGAUGGCUCCAUCCUAACAGCUGGCUCAAAUCCCAACGCCGACUACAUUGCACCUGGCACGCCAAACUACCCCUUCCCCACGGAAUAUCGCGCAGAAAAAUUCUACCCUGACUACUUCAACCGCGCACGACCGAGUCCCAGCGCUUUGCCUAAAACUUUAUCAUACGGAGGAAAUUAUUUCAACGUCAGCUUGAAGUCCUCCGAUUUAGGAAAGCAAUCAUCCGCACUACCCAAGACUUUUGUCUCAAUCGUAAGAACCGGCUAUUCCACCCAUGCGAUGAACAUGGGACAACGUUUUCUGCAACUGAACAGCACAUACACACACAACGACGACGGUUCCGGGAUGCUACAUGUGUCACAGAUGCCACCUUGUGUCGCUUGUUUCCCCCCUGGCCCCGCCAUGAUGUUUGUUGUUGUGGAUGGGGUUCCUUCAAACGGUGUCAUGGUCAUGAUAGGUAGCGGUCAAAUUGGUGCUCAACCAGUCGGCGUCGCUGCCGACUUGCCAGGUACGGUAACCGACUGGACCACCUCUCAAAGCAUGCCUUCCCCUUCCAAGAACGCAAAACACAGUUCUUCCUCUCACCUUUUACCCUCAUUACCGGUUGUCUUUUUGAUGGCCUGCGCCCUGAUCCAACUCAUGUGA